ACUCCCAGCAGAGCAGCCACCAGGAAAGUGAAGGCUCCUCGGACUUUAGAACCAGCGGACGGACCGACCGCGACCGCCAGCCGCUCCGCGUCGAGGACUUACCCCACCCGCCCCCCUCCCCGCCCCCGAGGCGCUCCGAACUCACUGGUGAGCGCGGCGGCCGGGGCGCUGGAUGCAGGGGCAGCUGCGAUGGCCCCGCGCGCGGGACAGCCGGAGCAAAGGGGGCCGCUCCUGCCGGGGCUGCUGCUGGUGGCGGCGGCGCUGAGCCGGCCCGCCGCACCCUGUCCCUUCCAGUGCUACUGCUUCGGCGGCCCCAAGCUGCUGUUGCGCUGCGCGUCGGGCGCGGAGCUCCGGCAGCCGCCGCGGGACGUGCCGCCCGACGCGCGCAACCUCACCAUCGUGGGCGCCAACCUGACGGUGCUGCGCGCCGCCGCCUUCGCCGGCGGGGACGCUGACGGGGAGGAGGCGGCGGCGGCGGCGGGCGGCGUGCGCCUGCCGCUCCUGAGCGCGCUGCGCCUCACGCACAACAACAUCGAGGUGGUGGAGGACGGCGCCUUCGACGGGCUGCCCAGCCUGACGGCGCUCGACCUGAGCCACAACCCGCUGCGCGCCCUGGGCGGCGGCGCCUUCCGCGGGCUGCCCGCGCUGCGCUCGCUGCAGCUCAACCACGCGCUGGCGCGAGGCGGCCCCACGCUGCUGGUCGCGCUGGACGCCGCGCUCGCCCAGCUGGACGAGCUGCGCCUCCUGGGCCUGGCGGGCAACGCGCUGAGCCGCCUGCCGCCCGCCGCGCUGCGCCUGCCGUUCCUGGAGCAGCUGGACGCGCGCCUCAACGCGCUAUGGGGCCUGGGUCUCGAGGAGCUGCGCGCGCUCGAGCGCGAUGGCGGCCUCCCCGCGCCGCGCUUGCUGCUCGCGGACAACCCCCUGCGCUGCGGCUGUGCCGCGCGCCCCCUGCUGGCCUGGCUGCGCAACGCCACGGAGCGCGUACCUGACGCGCGGCGCCUGCGCUGCGCCGCCCCGCGAGCGCUGCAGGACCGGCCUUUCCUGGGCCUGGACGAGGCGCGGCUGCGCUGCGCCGACCGCGACGCCGACGGUCGCGGGGAAGAAGUGAAACUCGCCGGCCCGGAGCUGGAAGCCUCCUACGUCUUCUUUGGGCUGGUGCUGGCGCUCAUCGGCCUCAUCUUCCUCAUGGUGCUCUACCUAAACCGCCGCGGCAUCCAGCGCUGGAUGCGCAACUUGCGCGAGGCCUGCCGGGACCAGAUGGAGGGCUACCACUACCGUUAUGAGCAGGACGCCGACCCGCGCCGCGCGCCCGCCCCGGUCGCCCCCGCCGGCUCCCGCGCCACUUCCCCGGGCUCGGGCCUCUGAGUGUUGCCCCUUGGGGGUUGACGGCUGUCCCUGCCAGCUGAUGACUUUAUUGGGAUUGCCUGGCCCGAAGCCAUGGGUAUGAGACACCCGUGAGUUGGGGGCUUCGAGACUUGCCCCUGACCGGCCUGAGACCUUUGGAUUAUGGCAUUCCCCCGCCCCCACCCGGAGGCCCCAAGCUGU